CCGCGGGCUGCUGCUGCUGCUUCUGCUGCUGCCCCUCCCGGCUCCUCGGGAAGCGGCUCCGUCCGCACGCUCUCCGCCUUUGCGCCCACUGCCCCGCUGCUUGGCGCCGGCCUGGGAGCCCCCCAGGUAUAAGCAGCGAAAGAUGAGUCGUGGUUUUUCAGAAAACAAUAACUUUCCGUAUGACAACAAUCAAAUGGUUUUGGAUAUGAUCCUGUGUUCCCUACUUGGUGUUUCUCAGCCUAUCAACUGGGACAGCGUGGCAAGGCUAGUUCCUGGAUAUACAUCCAAAGAGUGUGCAAAAAGGUUUGAUGAACUAAAAAGCACUGGAAGUUCACCCGUUGACAACCAGUAUAAUCCCUUGAUGGCUGCUGGUGAGAAUCCUGUGGAAACUUUAGCUGUGUACAUCAAAUCCUCCUUGCUCGACACACAGACAGAGUUUCAGGACACUGCUAUUGGGCAGGAUUCCAUUACUAUAACUGGAAGGCCCAGCACAACCUCCACAAGGAAUUGUUCUUCAGAAUCUGACAAAGGUCCUGUGCAUAAGAGUGAAGAAAGCACUGAUGAGAGCCAGGGGCCAAAUAUGGUGAUACACGUGUGUGAUGAAGCAAAAAACCUCAAAGAAGAUUUUGUUUGUCCUCGAGAUCUUUUGAUUUCCGAAAUGAAAUACUUUGCUGAAUAUCUAUCAGUGGAUGCCCAGCGCUGGGAAGAAGUGGACAUUUCAGUGCACUGUGACGUUCACAUCUUUGACUGGUUGAUAAGAUAUGUUAAAAGAAACACCAAAGAUGGUGAAGCUUAUGAAAUACCUGCUUUAGAACCAGCAAAUGUCGUAUCGAUUCUCAUUUCUUCUGAGUUUUUGAAGAUGGAUUCAUUAGUAGAAAAAUGUAUUCACUAUUGUCACAAAAAUAUGAAUGCCAUUGUAGCCACGCCUUGUAACAUGAAUUGUAUCAAUGCUAAUCUUGUUGCACAUAUUGCUGAUCUCUUUACUCACAAUGAACUGGAAGAGCUGAAGGACAAGAGAGAUAAAUUUAAAAGUAAGCUUUUCUGCAAGAAGAUUGAGAGACUGUUUGAUCCAGACUACAUAAAUCCAGAUUCUCGAGGAAAUGCAGCUACCUUAUACAGAUGUUGUUUAUGUAAGAAGCUGUUAACUAAAGAAACUGAAAGAAGAAUUCCGUGUGUACCAGGAAAAAUCAACAUAGAUCAACAUGGGAAUAUUGUCUAUGUUCAUAUAAGAGAUAAAGCCUGGGAAGUCCAUGAAUACCUAAUUGGCCUUCACGAAGAACUGAAAUCUUGGCAGCAUGUUUAUUGGCGUCUCUGGGGGACUGUCAAUUGGUUGACCUGCUCAAGAUGUAACCAGUCUUUCCUGUGUACUGAAUUCUCUCAUUGCCAGUACCAUCCACAGCCAGUUCUUUAUCCAGGUGUAGCAAGUGCUCUGGGGUCAACUGGGACAGGAGUAUAUCCAUGUUGCAACCAAAACGUACUUCGAUUUGAUCCUACUACCCUCCCAAAGGGCUGUAAGGUGAGAGAUCACGUGACUAGUUUACCUUCUGGAAAUGAAGAUGGGGAUUCUUUGCCAUCUCAGACCACUAAAAUAUUGAAUGAUCUGCUCCAUCACAGAGAUGUUAUUGUUGUUCCUUUUACUAAGGAUGAGAGUAGUGACUCUGGUAUUGGGCUUUGUGAUGAAAAAGGCAUUGAAUGUGAUGUGCUCGUAGAACCAAAUACACCGUGGGGCCCCAAAACUGGAGAAAUCAAUGCUUUUCUUUCUCUGAAGAACUGGACUUUACAACUGAAACAGCAGUCAUUGUUAUCUGAAGAAGAGGAGUAUACCACUGGUUCUGAAGUCACUGAGGAUGAAGUGGGGGAUGAAGAAGAAGUAUGCAGGAAACCAGGGAGAAAGGAGAAACUAAAGAAGUUCUAUAAACACCCUAAGAAAGGGGCUUCUUCGCCUAGUAUUCAGAAAAAGGAGAAGCCAUCUGACAAGCCAGGUUCCCGGGAUGCAUCUCCGUUCACUGUAAGCGUGCAGCAGAACAAAUGGGAUGCCUCCAGGUCACUGAGAUUCAACCAAGAUGCUCAAAGAGAAGACGACCAGAGGAGAAUGUCUGAGAUUACAGGACACUUGAUAAAAAUCAGACUGGGAGACUUUGGUCGAAUCAAGUCAAGAGAGAGCAAAGAAUAUGCGGGAGGUAUUUAUUCGAGACUUGAAGCUCAAAUAAAGGCCUCAGCACAGGUCAAUGCACGACAAAUCAGCACUGAGAAGAAUGCCAGCAGGCUAAAUAUAUAUGAUGUGAAAGCUUCCUUUGUAAAAUUAUGUGGCCAGCAGGUCAAAAUCCCGUUUUGGUCAAGGUCGUCCAACAUAAAGACUCAUGAAAAAAUUGUAGCCAGAAUACAUUACUACUUCCUGAAAUUGUAUGGCACUCUUGAUAUAUGGAGAAUAUGCAUCUCCAAAAGCCUUGACUUGAUAAGCAAUCACUUAUGUCUUUAAGCCUUGUACAUUAUUGUGUAUGAUAAAUGAACAUAAGUCCAAUAAGGUCUGUACUUAUUUUAAUUGUAAAUAUACUAUUUCUUAAAUUUAA